AUGUUCACAAACAUCAAUGUGCAACAAUUCUGGCAGGAAUGCUGGAAGAUGCAACAACAAUUGGCAAAUGGAGUUGAAUCUUUAUCUCCAAUGCGUGCUUCAACUUCAAGCCAUUCGGACAUAUCUUCACGAUCGACAACGCCUGAGGAAUUGGAGUUGCAUUCCACCAAUGACCAAAAGCUUUUGAAUACUCAAAAGCUCGACAUUAGUGCCUUAUUAGGCAAUGAAAAAAGUGAAAAAUUGGAAAGCAAGCGACGGAGAACACGGACAAAUUUCACGGGAUGGCAAUUGGAGGAACUGGAAAAUGCAUUUGAAGCAAGCCACUAUCCAGAUGUUUUUAUGCGUGAGGCACUGGCAUUGAGACUGGAUUUAUUAGAAUCUAGAGUGCAGGUAUGGUUUCAAAAUCGAAGAGCUAAAUGGCGAAAAAAAGAACAAAUAAGGAAAGGCGCAGAACGCCCCCAAAGCUUAACUAAUCCUGGCUCUGGUUCAAAUUCAAGACCAUUUACCGGUGACCAAUCACCAAAUUUGGAAAAUAAAGAUAUGGCAUCAACAAAGGAUCCAAGGAGUACCUUUUCCAUUGAAAAUUUAUUAGCUGCCUCACGAGUUCCACGGGGAAGAAGACCAAAUGCUAAAUAUCCUCGUGUUCAGGCAUGUAAGAGCUUGUCGCCUUUUAUGUUUCCUUUAUUUCCCAUCACCCAGCCAGCAGGAAUAACAAUUCGAGAAAACAGCCCAUCAUCAAAACAAAAUAACUGCGCCUUGUGA